CAGCAGGAGAGAGGCAUCCGGGUGAGGAGCUUCAUGGAAGCCUGCCAGCUGUCACGCUGCUAGCGAGUGGAAUUCAGUUGGGAACACUGGGUAGUGAUUGGCAGGUUGAUGAGUGAAUGCAAGCCAUCUUCUCCCUGGAGCCCAAAGUGCCAGGCCAGCGCACCAGCGAGGAGCUGGUUACCAACACGCUGAUGCUGGAGCUGGGCGCUAUGGUGAAGCGCACCGAGCGCAUCCGCCUGGAACGGGCCUGCGAGAGUCGGCGGCGCCACCGUAGCAACAUUUGCAAUUCUACGGCGGCGGCGGAUUACAGCUGGCUGGCCAGCACGCCCAACCCGCAACCUUACCAACUGACGCCCAAUGACUUGCUGGAGUUGCAGGAUCUCUGCGCCAAGGUGCCGCCCGCCCAGUGCGGUCCUGUCAUUGCCAGAUUCAGGAGGCUGGUGUCCCAGAUGGAGCCGGAAGUCUAUGAGCUGCCUCGUCUCUUUCGCUCAGCGCUUCGUGACUGCCUGGAAGAGAUCACAGGAGAAGGAGGAGUGCAAAACAACAUGCUGAUGAAGCAGCAGCGCAGCAAGAGCCUCUCCUUCGUCACAUUCCGCAGCAAGUUCAGAACCGGCUACUUUUCCAUGAGGAGCGGCCUGAGAGGCUCCAGGAGCGACCUGCAGCAGGUGGAUUGGUCGGAUGAGGAGCAGGAAGAUGACCGAGAGGAACGGGAGAAAGAGGCCAUCAGGGCUCGUGUCAGGACCAGGAGGAGUAGGAGCAUGCCGGAGAUCGCACCUUUGGAACAAAGUGCACAAGGAUGAGGAUGAUGAAGAUGAGGAAAAUGAAGAUAGGAUCAAAACUGGUUAGGGUCUGUAAGUAGGUUAUGAUUAGGUUAGGGUCAGACAAUUCUAAAAACACACAGUGUGUGUAGGACUCUAGAUGUGUGAAGAAAUAAGACGCGUAGCAGGUUUUAUAUUUAUGAAUAAUUGGCACUUACCAUUACAUUUUUACUACUUUUUUUUUUAAACCAGAGAAGUAAACCUUUUUAAAUGAUUUUUUUGCACUGAUUAGGAAUCUGCCAUUUCUUUCUCUAGCAUGGCAAGUUUGUAUGAUAAUAAUGUAUUAAAACAAUAUUUAUGAAUUAAGGGUUAGGUUCAGCAACAGGUGUAUUUGUUUUUCUGAAAGAUAGCUAUAAAUUGCAACAAGUGGUCAAAUCAAACAAUGUUCUUUUUUUUUUUAAAAGUAUAUCUCAAAACUUUUUUAAAGUAGUCUCAAAUAUACUUUUUGAGACACAGCCAUUUCUGAUUAAAAUUUGCUGUUGAUCAGGAUCUGAUCAUAUGAAAUGUUUAGUCAGUCACAACAAAGCUUUUAAUUUGUAAUAUUUUAUUAGAAUAAACAGUCCCAAAAAUGUAUGGGUUCAUAUCUAUAAAGACAAUUUUACCGCAAUAAAAUUUUGCUGUGUCGUGUAAGCAACUUUGGAAUCCAGUAUCAUCAUUUCUGCUUAGUCAGGUUUUUCAAUUGAAUAAAACUUAAUACUUGGCAGCUAAGUUUCAUUACAACUAAAAUAACAAAAUCAUGUGUGGUAAUUAGAAAGGCAUUACCUGUCUAAUUAUAUCAAAGCUGACU